AUGGAACUCUUGGACAGAUUGGGACAAAAGAUCGGGGAGAGCGUGGGCAUCUACUCGCGCACGGCCGACGAAGACGAGGUGUUCGUGCGGCACGAAAAGUUGGCCGAUGCCACCAGGGAUGCCACGGAGCAGCUGUUGAAGACGCUGACGCCAGAGUCGACGACGUACCUCAACUCGCGCACGUUGGCUUCGCUUCUCACGCAGAAGGAGGAGAAGCAGGGCGAGACCCUGCUCACCAUCGGCCAGUCCAUGCAGCAGGCCGACCAGUACACGUCCCUCUUUGGCAUUGCGGUGACCAAGCUGGGCGAGACCAUGAAGAAGGUCGGCGCUGAGCACUCAGAGUUGGACAACCGGCUGAUGAACUCCACGAUCGAUCCGCUGAAGGGCUACAACGAGGGCCAGCUCAGGGAGCUCCUCAACCUAAAGAAACGGUACGACGCCAAUCGGUUGGACUACGACGCGGCCCGACGAAACCACGAGGCGAAGAAGACCCGAGAGACGGAAGUGCUCACCAUCGGUGUCGACGCAGAGAAAGCAAACAGGGCCAGGCAAAAGUUCGAUGAGUCACGUACCGCCUACUUCAACCGACUCGUGCACAGUCAGGACGACGAAAACGAGCACGUGGCGCAGCUGCAGGCCUAUGCCGCCGCGCAGGCGAUCUAUUUCCGGCGGUGCGCCGAGCUCUACGACAGCCUCACCCGGGAUCUCACCACACUCACCGCGCGAGCCCCCGACCGGCCUCGCCUGCCGCCCAUGACCCUCACCUACACCGACCAGCCCGCCGCCACCCAGUACCGGCCAUCACAGGCCCCGCCGCACCGAACGCCGCGCCACAGCCUCGUCAAAUCGGAUAUGGUGCCGCCAUUGCCGGUGCCGGCGGCGGCGCGGUGGUGCGACGCGACUCGGCCGCCCCGAGGCACGUCACACCAGUUUGACCACCUCAACAGUUUGGACCUGGAGCGCCGGCGGCGACUGGACCAAGCGGACCGACGCAUGCAGGCCAGGCUAGCAGCGGCGGUGCCGGGCGAGGCGGCCCAGCGAGACCCAUGCCGCACCCCGGUCGCGGGGGAGCAGCGCCGCCAGGCGGAGGCGCUCCAGAGCGAGCUUUGCCAGCUGCUGCUGCGCCAGGGCCUGGCAGUGGUGGUGGUGGCGGCGCGGGCGAACGAGCGACCGACCGAACUGUCCCUGCGACAAGGUGAUGUGGUGACGAUCAAGAGCAAGGCCGGGGAGUGGUGGGAGGGCGAGGUACACGGUCGCAAGGGCUACUUCCCGGCCAGCUACGUCCAGCCCCUCUCCUAG